GGAAGAGCUUACGAAUUAUACAAAAUAAAACUCAAGAGGACACCGCGGAACAGAGACUGCUUCGUUAAGCGAUUAAUCAUGCUAAUAUAUUAGCCAAGUGAAAUUCAAUUUGGAGCGCAACGCGAGUAAAUAGCACCACACGAGCACCAGGCGACAGGAUGCCAAGCAAUAUAUAAGAAAAAUUACCCGAAAAUACCAACGAAACCAACAACAGGCACAACAGCAGCAACAGCAACAGCAACAGAUACAACCACAACAACAUCAACAAGCUGCAGGCAGUGAAACGAGAAAUUGCAUUCGACGGGAACGCGAACAGGAGCUGCAGCUGUGCAGCCCCUGAGACACCCACGACAGUGAAGCCGCAGCUUACUCAAGAGGCGUAAAAAUGAGACAGAUUAAUUUGCCUGGCUGGCGUAGACUUCAGAGGGCGGAAAUGGAGCAGGAUAUGGAACAGGAACUGGAAUUGGGUAUUAAGUCAGCAGCAGCGCUUUUGAAUUAGACUGCUGCCGACACCAUGGCCACGGCUGUGGGCAAUGUUGAGCCUCGCCAGCUGGCGGCACCGGAAGCGGAUGGAGUAGUGGAGCCCGUGCUGGCGCUAUUGCGUGGCGAUGUUCUCAAUCAGACGCGUGCUCCGGUCUUUUACAACAGUUACAACAUCUCAGAGGAUGUCUUCUACUACUUCAAUGGCUUCAAUGCGGCGCCAACCAGCACGGAGCCACCGUUGACUGCGAAUACUACAAGCGGUGUGCCCAGCGAGCCUACCCUGGAGCCGGAUCUGGCCGACUUUCUGGAGGCGCUGCCGAACGAUCGUGUUGGCCUGCUGGCCUUUCUCUUUCUCUUCUCCUUUGCCACGGUUUUCGGAAACUCACUGGUCAUCCUGGCUGUCAUCAGAGAGCGCUACCUACACACGGCCACCAACUAUUUCAUCACGAGCCUGGCUGUGGCCGACUGCCUGGUGGGGCUGGUGGUGAUGCCGUUCUCGGCGCUAUACGAGGUGCUGGAGAACACAUGGUUCUUUGGCACUGACUGGUGCGACAUUUGGCGCUCACUGGACGUGCUCUUCAGCACGGCUUCGAUACUAAACUUGUGCGUAAUCUCGUUGGAUCGCUACUGGGCUAUUACGGAUCCCUUUAGCUACCCCAUGCGGAUGACUGUAAAGCGCGCCGCUGGGCUGAUUGCGGCUGUUUGGAUUUGCUCGAGUGCAAUCAGCUUUCCAGCCAUUGUUUGGUGGCGGGCCGCCCGGGACGGCGAGAUGCCCGCCUACAAGUGCACCUUUACCGAGCAUCUGGGCUAUUUGGUCUUCUCAUCCACCAUAUCCUUUUAUCUGCCACUGCUGGUGAUGGUCUUCACUUACUGUCGCAUCUACCGCGCGGCAGUCAUCCAGACGCGCUCCCUGAAGAUCGGAACCAAGCAGGUGUUGAUGGCAUCCGGAGAACUACAGUUGACCCUGCGGAUUCAUCGUGGCGGCACCACACGAGAUCCGGCGCCCAAUACACAUCAAGUCUCAAGCGGUGGCGGUGGUGGCGGCUCCCUCAGCCAUUCGCACUCCCACUCGCACCACCAUCAUAACCACAGCGGCGGCACAACGACAUCCACGCCCGAGGAGCCGGACGACGAGCCGCUAUCUGCGCUGCACAACAACGGGCUGGCGAGACAUCGACACAUGGGCAAGAACUUUUCGCUUUCACGGAAGCUGGCCAAGUUUGCCAAAGAGAAGAAAGCGGCCAAGACACUGGGCAUUGUGAUGGGGGUGUUCAUUGUGUGCUGGCUGCCGUUUUUUGUAGUGAAUCUAUUGUCUGGCUUCUGCAUCGAGUGCAUUGAGCACGAGGAGAUUGUUUCGGCAAUUGUGACAUGGCUGGGCUGGAUCAACUCCUGCAUGAAUCCCGUAAUCUAUGCCUGUUGGAGCAGAGACUUUCGCAGAGCUUUUGUGCGACUCCUGUGCAUGUGCUGUCCUCGCAAGAUACGCCGCAAAUAUCAGCCCACAAUGCGCUCCAAGUCACAGUGUCAUGUUGCUGCUGCUAUGGUGGCCGCCUCAACAUCCUUUGGCUACCACUCUGUCAACCAGCUGGACCGCAACCUCAUGUGACGUCAGCCCAGCAGCUGCAGCACUUGUAGCGGCAGCAGCAACUGCGGCGCCGGCGCCCGCAACUCUCAUCAAUACCAUUCAUCGACGGCAGCCACGCCCUCAUCUUCACAGCGCUCAUGCACGCGCUGCCAGAGCUUUCACCGGCACCACCAUCGCUCCCGGCGCCGCAGCUCGGGCAUGCAGUUGCGGGGCGACUACAACUCGACGUCGGCGGUGAACAGCGCAGCCAAAAAGAUUGUCACAAUUACAGCGCCACCGGCGGCGGCUGCUUCGGCCAGCUCGUUGCAUCUGGGCACUGGCAGCUGCAGACCCACAUCGAUGUCCACGCUGACGCUAGCUUCGGGGCCGACGUCGCUGCUGCUGGAUGCCACUUUGGGUGACGGCGGUAUAAAAUCCGCAUCCGCAUCCGCGGCCAACACCCCAACAGUUGCACCAGCUACGAAGCACACCAGCUUCGCUUUGACGCCCAGCGUAAUGGGCACAUCACACUCGUCGGGCUCGGGUCAUCAUGUCUCCUUUAUGCCCCUGCCGUUGCCCAUGAUGGGCAUCAAGCGCUUGCGCGACUCCAACCCAUCGCUCAGCUCACCAACGGGCGCAACUGGCAUGGCGGCCAGCUCGGCGCCAUCGCUAAUGGAGGCUGCGCAGUCGCCGACUGAGGCAAAGCACGCGGCGUUGGAGCUGCGCCAGAGCGUUCAGAGUCAGAUCACAACUCUGGAGGAUGUGGAUGAUGCGGACGAAGUACCGGAGAGCGAGGACGAUAGCGACAGCGAGAGCGUGGGAAUGGCUCUGGUGCAGACGACGCCGCAGCUGGAAUACCAGGCGGGCAUGGGCUCGAGUUCCUCGAGCACUUCGAUAAAGUAA